AUGAAGUCCGCCCUCCUCCUCCUCCUCGCCUCGCCCCUCGCGGCCCUCGCGGCCCCGGCCGUCCAAGGCCGCCAGGCGGCGCAGAGCAUCGACGCCCUGAUCAAGGCCAAGGGCAAGCUCUACUUCGGCACCUGCACCGACCAGGGCCGCCUGACGAGCGGCAAGAACGCCGCCAUCAUCGACGCCAACUUCGGCCAGGUCACGCCCGAGAACAGCAUGAAGUGGCAGUCGCUCGAGAGCACGCGCGGCCAGUACAACUGGGCGCCCGCCGACUACCUCGUCAACUGGGCCACGACGCACAACAAGACGAUCCGCGGCCACACCAUCGUCUGGCACUCGCAGCUCGCCGGCUGGGUCGGCAACCUGCGCGACAAGACGCAGCUGACGCAGGCCAUCCAGGAGCACGCCAAGACGGUCAUCGGCCGCUGGAAGGGCAAGAUCCGCGGCUGGGAUGUCUGCAACGAGAUCUUCAACGAGGACGGCUCCCUGCGCCAGUCCGUCUUCUCCCAGGUCCUCGGCGAGGACUUCGUGCGCAUCGCCUUCGAGGCCGCCCGCGCCGCCGACCCGGACGCCGUGCUCUACAUCAACGACUACAACCUCGACAGCCCCAACGCCGCCAAGCUGACCAACGGCAUGGUCGCCCACGUCAAGAAGUGGAUCGCCGCCGGCGUCCCCAUCGACGGCAUCGGCACCCAGGGCCACCUGAACGCGGGCCAGGGCAGCGCGCUCGCGGGCGCCAUCAAGGCCCUCGCCGACAGCGGCGUCAAGGAGGUCGCUGUCACCGAGCUCGACAUCCAGGGCAACAACGCCAACGACUACGCCACCAUCACCAAGGGCUGCCUGGCCGUCAAGCAGUGCGUCGGCAUCACCGUCUGGGGUGUCCGUGACCAGGAUUCGUGGAGGCCUCAGGGCAACCCCCUGCUCUUCGACAGCGGUUUCAACCCCAAGGCUUCCUACAACGCCAUCGUUCAGGCUCUGCAAUAG